GAACAAUGUGUGUCCGGCUUCCGUUGGUUCUGCUCGGGAUGGCGCUCUGCCACAUGGGAUUGGCCCAGCUAUUGGAUGAAAAGUGCCAUGACCCGACGGUCACGGGUGACACUCCGUGGAUUGCAAGCAUAUACAAUAACGAUGAAUUUAUUUGCCAUGGGACGCUUGUUCACAAACUCUUCGUCCUAACGGCUGCGAGUUGCAUAGGGAAAAGAAGAAAUAUAUUUGUACGUUUCGGGGAGUACGAUAAGUCCUGCACUCCAUCUUACUGCAAUACCGUCGAUCAGUACGGAGUUGCGACGGCUAUUCGGCAUCGCGAUUCUGACCCCUACAAAGACACAAGCGAUAUACUUUUGCUUAGACUCUUCGGGGAGGUGGAAUACAAUGCCCAUAUCCGGCCAAUCUGCAUUAUCUUCGAUGACGUGGUUAGCUCAGGAACAAUUGAAAGAUUUAAAGCCUUCGAAUGGAGUGGGCCGAACCAAGUGCUGCAGACCAUAGAUGAUCUGUAUCAAAAGGUAUAUACCGAUUGCGAGAGAAAUGGUAUGGAAUGGCAAGCCAACCAGAUUUGUGCGGGCAAAUUACAUAAAGACUACUGUGUGGGAAUCCCUGGCGGUCCCCUGACGGCAGAUUUAAUUUACGGCGGAAAAAGACUCGAUGUUCUAUUUGGGAUCGUGAGAGAUGGCAGACAGUUGUGCAGUUUGGCUAGCGUCUACACAGAUGUGACGGCCUACCAGGACUGGAUAUAUAAAAAUGUGCGAGAUGCCGAAACCAAGGCGGUUCAGGUUUUCAACGAGGAGUGCAGAACCAAUUGGACUGAGGAAGUUUUGGUUCGCCUUUGGGAGGUGUCUCUGAUGCAGAAUUCUUUCACUGGAGCGCUAGUAACAAGCCAAUUUGUCGUGACUGUGGCCAGCGCUUUCCGUAACAAUCCCACUGUAAUAAAGGUAAAGACCAAACUUGGGCAGAGUCUUGAUGUGGAAUCGAUCCACCAGCACCCCCACUUCGCAUAUUCAUCAGUACCAGUAAGGAACAAUAUUGCUUUGCUUAAACUAACUGAGAAACUGUCAAGCUUAGAUGCAGUAAAACCGAUCUGCAUUAUCAUGAACCCGAAGCCCUCAAGGACCCUAACUGCACUUUGGAAUGUUAACCAGAACGGUUUUAAGGGUGUUUAUGAAGAAAUGAUAGUCCCCAUGGAUAAUUCGCUUUGCAGCCAAAAGAUAGGUAUGAUAGUUGGAUCUAACCAAUUUUGUGUCGAGAAGCUCGGCGAUCUCAAUCAGAAACCUGGUUCAAUAGUAGGUACGUUUCAAAAUAUCCGCGGUGUAGAUAGGUACGUUGUUAUCGGCAUAGUUAGCUUUUAUAAGAACGGCGUGUUCGUUUUUACAAAUGUUCAAAAUCACGCGUAUUGGAUAAUGGAUACAAUUAAUGAUCUAGUCAUUUAAAAUGCUUUGCUUUUACUUAAACUAAAGGGAAUAAAAAACAAAACGGACAAAAAAA